UUGGGAAUAUGUGCGGCGGGGCAGAGUAGCCAUUUUGAGAUGAUAUCGCUGUUGAGAAAUCCUGUGAAGAUGCUGAAAUCAACGAACAUGGUUACAACACAGAUUGUUUCUCCCUCCGUCUCCUCUCUUCUUUCACCAUGGCAGCUGUCAACCGACGGGACAUUAGCAAAGCGGGGUAUCGAGCUGUGCUCACAGAGUUAAAACGUCAUUGGUAUGAAAGAGGAGAGUGUCUGUACACUGUCUCUGUCGAGACAUGAAACACCGUGAGUUUAUUUUUUUCCUGCAGUCUGAACAUCUUCCAGCAUCUGCCACAACACAACGUCUCAUUAACUGCUUGAGUUAAUUCACUGUUGUACUGGACAGAGAAGUGAAGCAGAUUUGAUUCCAAUGGCCUCUGUGAGCCUUGUUUCCAGUCCCCCAGCCCCCGUUUUUGACAAAAACAUGACAGACUCUGAGCUGGCAGGGGACGAAAGAGAGGAUGGCGAGUUGGAAGAUGGAGAAAUUGACGAUGAGGGAAUCGGGAUAGAGGAGGAAAACAAAGAGGCUUCAGAGGUGACUGAUGACAAAGAAAAGCAAAAGGAGAAGGAACGCGACAAAACAAAAGAAAAAGAAGAAAAGUCUCACAGGUACUCACGGAAACGCUACAAAAAGACCAGAGAGAAGAGAAGGUCGAAAAGGAGGAGACGGGAAAGACAGAAACAUCACUCAUCUUCGAGCAGUUCCACCUCUGACAGCUAUGGCUCCGACUACGACCGUCCAGAGAAACCUAAAAACCGGCAGAGUCAUGGAUCUGGACGCGAUUGUGACCUCCAGAACCCUCAGCAUGGAAGAGACCAGAAAGGGUCGCGUGGCAACUUGCACAAGUCCCCGCCUCGCAAAAGCAGCAAUUUUGACAAAUACAGCGAUGACAACUAUGACUAUGAAGACGAGGAGGAUCAUUAUGACAAUGAGUCCGAGUACCUCCAGUCUAAAGAUACAACAUCCGGCAUGGGAAAAGGCCGCUAUGCGAAGGAGCAUAUGGGGAAGAGGGGAAACACGAGGGGUAUGAAACAACAAUUUGGGCAGAGAGGAAGAGGCAGAGGGAGUGGACCUGGAAGAGGACGAGUGAUGCUCAAGAACAAGAAAAUGAAGGGGGGGAAACCCUGGAUGGGACGCGGCGGGCGAGGCAGAGGGGGUGACCAGGACAUGGAAGACAUUGCUCCUGAAGUAAAAAAUUCUGGUUUUCAGAAGAAGCGCCUGAUUAUGAGCAAAGAAUUCAUCAGUCAACACACAGUAGAACACAAUGGAAAAUACAUUUGCAAGUACUUCCUGGAGGGUCGAUGCAUCAAGGGGGAGCAGUGUAAGUUUGAGCACGAGCUGGUCAUCCCAGAUAAGAAGAAGGAGCUUUGUAAGUUCUACCUCCAGGGAUACUGCAGCAAAGGAGACCAUUGCAUUUACAUGCACCGUGAAUAUCCAUGCAAGUUCUUUCACACUGGAGCCAAAUGCUAUCAAGGGGAGAACUGCAAAUUUUCCCAUGAUGCACUGACUGAUGUGACGAAAGAGUUGCUCGAUAAGAUCAUUAAUACAGAGGAGGAGAUUGCCCGUGAGGAUGAAUUGGAGCUGGAGGACCUGAGAAAACAGGGCAUUGCUCCACUUCCAAAGCCGCCUCCAGGUGUGGGCUUGCUCCCCACGCCAGGUCAGAGCAGCCCGACAGAUGAAUCUUCUCAGGGAGGGAAGAUCCCCUCCCUCUUCGAAAUUAAGGUUCAACCUACAGUCAACCUGGCACAGAAGAUUGGGUUAAAUGAGUCCAACUACCAGGAUCCCAAUGAAGGCACUGACCAGUUCAGUGGCAGACCAGAGGAAACACCAAGUGGAGCUUUGGUGUCUUCAGGCUCUGAUGCUACCACAGUGCCUUCGUUAGGGUCACCAGGUACCGUGGGUUACCCAACAGGACCACCCACAAGUGACCAGAGCCCUCCUGGACAGCAGCUGCCACAUGGAUAUCCAAUGCAGCAGCCAAUUCCACCUGGUCAGCCGCCAGUGUUUCACGGAAAUAUAAACCGUCAGAUGAAUAUGCAGAGGCCUCCAUUCCCCGCAGUACCAGAACUACAGAUGCUGCAGAGCCUCUUCCCUUUUCCAUCGUUGGGCCAGAACCCACUCGAGCUCCUCAGCAACUUACUCCAGAACCAGCCAGUGGGCCAUCAAGUGGAACCUGGGAUGAACCAGGUACAGAACCUACAGCAGCAGAUAGGUCCAGAUGUCCAGUUGCAGUCUUUACCUUCAGCGGUGCAGAAAGCCAUCAUUCUACACCUGACUCAGCACCAACCAGAGUCAAAGCCACAUGAGAGCAAUCCACAGAGGGCACAUAGUCAAGGUGACAAGAAUACUAACAGAGAUGAAACAACAAACUGGUAUUCCAGCGACGAAGACGGUGGGAGUAGUGUUGCUUCCAUUCUAAAAUCUCUGAAGAGGCAUCAUGAGAUGCAGCAAUCCAAGACCCCAACACUAGCCCCUGCAGCACCCCUGGGCGACCCUCGACUUGUCAAGGACAGAACUCACCCAAGUGACCCACGUGUGAAGGCAGACCCUCGGCAGAGACCUCCUGAUAUGAACAAGGUGUCUGAUGCAGGUUUGGAUCCACGACUCUCCAGAGACCCUAGGAAACCGAGACCUAUGGAGUCCAGCUCGGACCGUCAGCAGAACCAGUCAACUGGCCUAAAAAAGCCCACUGGAGAUGAGGAUGAUGAAAGGGAGAGGGAACUGAGAGAGAGAGCGGCCCUCAUUCCGUUGGAGGCCAGUCCGGGUGUGGUGCUGCAGGACCCCCGCUGCCAGCUAAAGCAGUUCAGCCAUAUUCGGGUGGACAUUCUGCUUCAACGGCCGGCCUUCGCCCAAACAGUGGUCUGGGCUCCUGAAGAUCUGAUCCCAUCUCUAAUACCCAAACAGGAACACUCCAUCAAUUUACCCCUGCCACCUCUAAUCGCUGAGGCUCAGAUGAACAGAACAAGUGUGCCGGAGCACCCCCCCACCUCCAGCCCUCCACCGACUGACCCCAGAUUGGCGGCUGCUCGUUUAAAGGAGCGCCUCACUCGUCUGCCGUCUGGAUCCUCAACAGAGAGACCUGUUGAUCCACGUCAGCAAAAGAAUUUAGACCCCAGACUCAAGCGUACAGUAAGUCUGGACUCCAAGAUGCUUGGUCAGAAGGAAGCCUGUGCAGAGACAAGAGUUGCGGAACCCAGGUUGCAAAAGACCAGCACUAGCGCCUCCCUUUCCGAGAGGCUGCCACCCUAUGCCCCUCGGCUGGCGUCUUCUGGGGGGAUCCUGGAAAGCCCCACGACAAUCCUGGGAGGCAUCAGUCUGUAUGAUCCCCAUAAUCAGACCGAGCCAAUUCAGAAGGAUCAGGUAGACCCACAUAAAAAAGUGGGCAUUCUCAAACAUCCAGUGAAGAAAGACACUCCUCCAACACUACCCACCUCACCAAGUCAACGUCGUGUCUCUUUGGAGGAGACAAAACACACAGAUGGUGCCUCUGAUCACUAUCAGACCGCACACGAUAGUUCAUCCCCACUUCCUCAGGACCCGAUCCUCACCCCCCACGCAGUGCAUAAUCUGCCUGUCCAGGCUCUGGCAGGCUUGAUCAGACCGCAGUAUGCUGACGCCAGACAGGCCAAACUGGCAGGACUAGUUUCUGCAGGGGUACAAGAGGAUGCGGAAGAACAGAAAGAAGUUCCGGUGGAGGAACCUAUGCAGACGAACGAGGAGGAGCUUGAAGACAGGACGCUCAAAGAUGUCUUCAAGACCUUUGACCCCACAGCUUCUCCUUUCUCCCAGUAAACUGCAUUGAAUUUUUAUAUUGGUGGCACAUGCCAAUCACUAUUUAGCUUUAAAUCUAUUUAUUUAUGUACAUUCACUUUAUACUCACUAAAAUGGUAUAGAUGUGAGGAUGUUAGCAUCUGUGGUUAUUUAAGUUUAGUUGAUUGAUUGUGGAUUUGUCAGAAAGAUAUGAGCUGAUAGAAACAUAAAUUCCAACAAUUCUUAUCCCUUUUGUCUUUCUACAACCCCAAUUCCAAUGAAGUUGGGACGUUGUGUUAAAAAUAAAUAAAAACAGAAUACAAUUUGCAAAUCAUGUUCAACCUGUAUUUAAUUGAACACACUACAAAGACAAGAUAUUUAAUGUUCAAAUUGAUCAACUUUAAUGCUUUUAGCAUAUAAUCAUUAACUUGGAAUUUCAUGGCUGCAACACGUCCCAAAGAAGUUGGGACAAGGGUCAUGUUUACCACUGUGUUACAUCACCUUUUCUUUUAACAACAUUCAAUAAACAUUUGGGAACUGAGGACACUAAUUGUUGAAGCUUUGUAGGUGGAAUUCUUUCCCAUUCUUGCUUGAUGUACAGCUUCAGCUGUUCAACAGUCCGAGGUCUC